AUGGGGGCAUUGCUCGCAGCCAGACUUGCGAAAGAGGUAGAACAAAAUGUAAGACGAAAAGGGACACCUACAGUUCAUUUUUGGACAGACUCCCAGAUCAUAUUGUUCUGGAUUAAAGGACCUUAUCAUAAAUGGAAACAGUUUGUUUCCAAUCUUGUGAAAAAGAUUCAGGCUCUUAGCAAUCCUGAAGCUUUUUCACAUAUACCUGGUAAACUAAAUAUAGCUGACCUUGUAACAAGAGGGGCUAGUGUAAAAGAUCUUUUAAAAAAUGAGACUUGGUCGUCAGGUCCUGAAUUCUUAAGAAAAAAUGAAGUCUCAGUAUUUCAGGGUAAUAAUUCUGUUCCUGAAGAAUAUUACAUUUCAGAAUUGAAAAAAGGUUCCUGUGUAGAAGAAGAUAUACCUCUAUGUUUUGCUGUAACUAACCAGAAUGUUUUGUUUUAUAAUGAUCUGCUUAAAAUUACUAAUAGUUUUUCUAAACUUAUUCGUAUAGUUUCUUGUGUUUUCAGAUUUAUUUAUAACUGUAGAAAUCCUAAAGACAAAAAUAGUGGGUAUCUGAAGUGUCAAGAAUUGAACAAUUCAGAAUUUGUGCUCUUAAAAUUUGCCCAAAGUGAGUAUUCGGAAGAAAUUUCUGCCUUAAUAAAAGAUGAACAAUUGGUUCAAUAUUUCACGGAGGAAACAAUUGAUUGGUAUUUUAACCCUCCAGGAUCUCCUAAUUUUGGAGGAUUGUACGAAGCUG